AUGGCAGACGGCCUCUCUCUGUUUGACCUCACUUCUGGUGCCUCCCCUGCCCCUACAGCUGAUGCUGACGCCACUGUUCGCUCACAGUGGGCCACACGUGAUGCUGCUGCUCGCCUUGCUGUUCGCCGCCACUUACCGACCACUGAGCGUGCACACUUUAGCCAGUACAAGAGUGCUCAGACCUUGUACGACGCUGUAGUUGCACGCUACUCUUCCCCUGCCACUGCUGCACUGAGCCACCUCAUGCUACCGUUCCUCUUCCCUGACCUUGCUGCCUUUCCCACUGUCGCUGACCUCAUUACGCACCUCCGCAUUCUUGACACUCGCUACCACACUGCGCUUCCUGCUGAUCUCACCGUUGACCUCCUCGAGAAAGCCCUCCUAGCGAUAGAGAAGAGCAUAGUCGCUGUAGGAGCCUCUCGUGGUGACCCUCGCACCCUCGUCUUUGAGGGGUGUUCUCCCUCCCCCCUCUUGCCCUUUUUCGCCUCUACUGCUCCGGCCGACCUCGUUGGUUUCGAGUCAGUCGGCGCUGCGUCUGCCCCGAGUGGGAAACGCCGCACCGGCAAGGGCAAGGGGGGCAAGGGCACUAGAGGGGGUGGAGGGGGCGGUGGAGGUGGUGGUGGAGGCGGUGGAGGGAGUGGGGUUGGUGGUGGGAGUGGUGCUGGGGGUGGUGGCGGCGGCGGCAGCAGUGGAGGCGGCGGAGGCGGUGGAGGUGGCGGAGGGAGCGGAGGCGGCGGAGGUAGUGGAGGAGGCGGAGGUGGAGGUGGCGGCGGAGGCGGUGGAGGCGGCAGCGGAGGCGGCGGCGGCGGUGGUGGAGCGAGUCACGACUCUGCGCCGAGGAGUGGCUCCGGUGGUGGUCAGCGCCAGCAGCAGCAGCGGAGUGGUGUGACCAUGUCCCCUCAGCAGCUUCGUGAGUGGUACACUGCACGCCAGCGCGGUGGGGGUUUUGGUCUCUGCUCCUACGUUCUGCGUAGCGGCGACCGCACUGGUGAGCACUGCGGAGGUCCGCACUCCACCCAGCGCUGCUUUCGUCGCCUGACAGACGCGUGGCGUCGCUAG